AGGGACCAAUGGCUGCGGCCGCAGGUACCGCGCUCGAAUCCUGGCAGGCGGCGGCUCCGCGGAAGAGGCGCUCGGCGGCUCGACGGCCUCGGCUGAGGGAGGCGGCGCCCCGGAGUUCCGAGGCGGAGUUCGAGUCUGACAGCGGAGUCGUGCUUCGUCGCAUCUGGGAGGCUGAAAAGGACCUGUUUAUCUCUGAUUUCUGGAGUUCAGCACUAGAAACCAUCAAUAGAUGUCUCACAAAACAUCUGGAACAGCUGAAGGCCCCUGUGGGGUCUCUUUCGGACAUCUUUGGAAACCUGCAUCUUGACUCAUUGCCAGAUGAGUCAGAUGUGGCCCCUGAUUCUAUCCCAAGAGAGACCCUGGUCACAGGAACGUGCCAUUUGAAGUGUGUGUGUUACGGCAUUGGGAACUUUGCCACCUGCAUCAUAGCUAGAAACCAGCUAACGUUUUUGCUGCUUUUGUUGGAAAAGUGCCAGAUUCCCAGAAGUCACUGUUGGGUGUAUGACCCUCUGUCUAGCCAACUUGAAAUUGAAGUACUAAACACCCUUGGCGUGACUGUUCUCAGUGAGAACGAGGAAGGGAAACGGAGUAUUCGCGGGGAGCCUACCAUCUUUUACAUGCUCCAUUGUGGGACGGCCUUGUACAACAAUCUUUUGUGGAGUAACUGGUCAGUAGAUGCCCUUUCUAAGAUGGUCAUCAUUGGGAACAGUUUCAAAGGACUUGAGGAGAGGUUGUUGGCAAGGAUUCUGCAUAAAAAUUAUCCCUACAUUGCGAAGAUUUUAAAAGGACUGGAGGAGCUUGAGUUUCCUCAGACUUCACAAUACAUGGACAUAUUUAAUGAUACCUCUGUCCACUGGUUCCCCGUGCAAAAGCUAGAACAGCUCUCCACAGAUAUUUGGGAGUUUCAGGAAGAACCAGAUUAUCAGGACUGUGAGGACCUUGAAAUCAUCAGGAACAAGACAGAAGAUCCUUCCGCUACUGACUGAACUCACUGUGAGGUUGGCUGAGGUAGAAGCUGCCACCGGAGACUAAAGGGAAGGCUGCCAUGGAGGAACUACAGAGAACUCCUUUGCCAGGAAAGAACAUCAACUUGGCUGUCUUGUUUUGAGGACGAUACCCCACAUGAGGACUUGGUAUAGAUUCCUGCACUGCUAAGUGGCAUUGUCCCGCUUUACAUCCUUCCCUCGUGACCUGGCCCAAUGUGGAGUAGCUCCUGAGUAAAGAAGUUACGCUUUUGAAGGUGAA